CAAGGCCAACUUUGCGUCAGGGCUUCUUGUAGUUUUCUUUAACGCAGGACGUUGGCCUUUCUUACAAAGCACAACGAUGGUCUCUGAUGCAGUUGCCAACCUGGCGUCCCUCCUUCCCUCUGCCGCUGUGCUCACUCUCUAUCAUGUAUACCUUGUCCGGUGCGUCAAAAGAACUCCCGGUCGAACAGUGUACGGGCUAACAAGUUCGGCGAGGAGAGUGUGGGUCGCUGCUAUUAUGUACCGCAAGAACGAGAUUUUGGCUGUACAGAGUCUUCGAAAUUGGGUUAUGGCGUCUUCGUUUCUUGCAACAACGGCCGUUCUUAUCAUAACGACUAGUAUGGCUCUCCUUGGUUCUCUCGCGGUGAACUGGACGCCGACGACGCUUGCAUCACCCGUAUCAUAUACGCUCGGCUUUGUCCUUGACAGCUGGUUUGGAUACAGGUUUGCGGCGGUCUUGGCGGCGAUGAUGUUGGCCUUCUUCUGCUUUAUGCAGAGUGUAAGAUUCUUCAAUCAUGCUGCACUUGUUUGCAACGUCAAUAUAACGCCUGACGAGCUCUCAACAUUCCUAGAGCCAGCAAACAUUGCCAAGAAAGAAAAAGAAGAGGAUAUGACACUCGAAACGUACAACUACCUCCGCAGCAAUCCCACGCAUGUGGCAGCAAUCCUCAAUCGAGGGUGCUUCUACUACACUGUUGGAAUGCGGUGCUAUUAUGUUUCUUUUCCACUCCUUGCUUGGUUCUGGGGUCCCAUACCUCUAGCUGUUUGCACAGGGCUGUUAGUCAUUGUGUUGCGGCUGAUUGAUUUCCAUGUCGCGGAAUUUAGUGGGGAUCAAGAAAGCGAGAGGGAAGGUGCACGAUGGAAGAGGUAUUUUGGGCUCCGUGGAGUAAAGGAUGCAAAAGGGAGGAGACAAGAAAACAGGAGUGAAGACUCUGUGGCAGAAAUGGUUAUGCGCACGACACAUAGUCCAGAAGAGUUGUGCUAGAGGGAUCUGGGACAGACAAUCCGCAUUUUGAAAAACAUUGAUAGUGACGAAUCAGAACAGACAUUUAUAUUGUAUACAGAGUAACAAUUUACAGAAAGAAUAGAUAAUAUAAGCAGCUUCAGAG